AAUGGGGUGUUUCGGGAGGGCUUCCCAUCCGCCCCAGCGAAACUGAGACCCCGCACGAAGAGGGAAGUUCGGCCGCAAAUACCACUCGCCGUUUCUCUGCUUCAGUUUCUUUUGUCCCUAUUCCACGCACAGGGAGCUAAUCUAAGCCAUCAAAAUGGUUGAAGAACUGAGCAAGGAACAAGUCGAAAUGUUGAAGAAGGCCUUCGACAUGUUCGACAAAGACAAGAAAGGGUCCAUCAACACAAACAUGGUUGCCACCAUCUUGAGGACACUCGGACAAACGUUCGUGGAAAGCGAGUUAAGAGAACUAAUACAAGAAAUCGACGUGGACGGCAGCGGUGAGUUAGAGUUCGAUGAGUUCUUGGCACUGACAUCCAGGUUCUUGGUAGAAGAAGACGCGGAGGCCAUGCAGGAAGAGUUAAGGGAAGCGUUUCGUAUGUACGAUAAAGAAGGGAACGGGUAUAUUAAUGUUGCGGACUUACGAGAGAUCUUGCGAGCUCUCGAUGACAAGCUGACGGAAGAUGAGUUAGAUGAAAUGAUCGCUGAGAUUGAUACUGACGGUUCCGGAACCGUCGACUUCGAUGAGUUCAUGGAAAUGAUGACUGGUGAUUGAAGAACUUACCAUCUGCAACUUUUAUUGCGUCACUGGGGAUGAGACCAUCACAAAAUAAAGAUCCAAGAAAAGCAACCACGAUACAAACUUCAGAGAGCUGGAAACAUACAUAAUCAUUUUCCUGUGUAUAAACUUUAAAUAGUAUUGAAAAAAUUUCUUUCAUCAUAUAUUUUGGGGGGGGGUGAAAUGUGUUUACAUUAAUAAUAUCAACUUUUUAAAAAAAAUGCGUGUUUGAAAUAAAUGAAAUAUGUACUUAGAGCCUACUUAUUCAAUGUAAAAACGUCAAUUGAUAUAAAAUGACUUUGGAAAUAAAAUCACUAUUAUUUUUUU